CCAGGUCGUCGAGGAGACGGAGCAACGGCUCAGCAAGAUGUCCUUCCCGGGCCUGAGGCGCCAGGUGACCGCGUCCCAGCUGGGCGUCUCCAGGGUCCUGGACCCCGAGACCCUGCAGGGCCUGGCCCAGGGCACCAAGAGCCCCCAGGAGGUGAUGAACAUGGACUCGGUCAAGCGCUACCUGGAGGGCACGAGCUGCAUCGCGGGGGUGCUGGUGCCCGCCAGGGACCAGCCCGGGAGGCGGGAGAAGAUGAGCGUCUACCAGGCCAUGUGGAAGGGCCACCUGCGGCCGGGCACGGCCCUGGUGCUGCUGGAGGCCCAGGCGGCCACCGGCUUCCUCAUCGACCCCACAGAGAACCGGAAGCUGACCGUGGAGGAGGCCUUCGGGGCAGGGAUGUUCGGCAAGGAAACCUACCAGAAGCUGCUGUCGGCCGAGCGGGCGGUCACCGGCUACACCGACCCCUACACCGGGGAGCAGAUCUCCCUCUUCCAGGCCAUGAAGAAGGAGCUGAUUGUCCGGGACCACGGCAUCCGCCUGCUGGAGGCCCAGAUCGCCACGGGCGGCAUCAUCGACCCCGUGCACAGCCACCGCGUGCCCGUGGAGGUGGCCUACAAGAACGGCUACUUCGACGAGGAGAUGAACCGCGUCCUGGCCGACCCCAGCGACGACACCAAGGGCUUCUUCGACCCCAACACGCACGAGAACCUCACCUACAUGCAGCUGCUGCAGAAGGCCACUGUUGACCCUGAAACUGGCCUGUUACUUCUUUCUCUGUCUUGAGGGUGAAUGGACUUUUUAUGUGGUGGAAUGUUAACUCUCAAAUAUAUCUUACUCUUCAAGAUUUUAAAA